UUUAAUAUGGUCCCACCUCGAAAAGCAUACAUUGUUGACUGAGAGACAGAGAGUAGCACGAGUUCUUGGAAAUUGUUGUGAAUCUCAGAGGUUUUUUUAUGUUUCUUUCUUCACUCUUGUAUAUAUCAUUGUACAACAGAAGCAACAAGCAACUGUGUAUCAUGCUCUAAAACUCAAAGGUUGUUACGCAGCCACAAGCUCCCAAUGCCACUGUUCCAGAUCCUUGUCACCAUCUUCCUCACUCUCCCUGCGCUUUCCCUCUCCGAUUCCUGUCCUCUCAACUUCCACCUCGUCCGUUCGAGACCCUCAUCAGACUCCAAGACACGGUGUCAUUACAUCCUCCAAUCCCUUCGUAUUCUUCAAUCCGAUUACCUCCACCGCACCGGUUCCUUCCCUCCUUCCAACGCCUCCUUCUCCUGCUGGACCGCUCUCCAAGAUCACACCCACCAAUACGACAUUCGUUCCUCCUGCAACCUCCCUUCCUCUUCCUUUUCCCUCUCCUGCAACAACAUCACCAACCAAUCCCAAUUCGAGGACCUUUUGCCUCUCUCAGCCAAACAAGUAUGGAAUACUUGUAACCAUUCUCUAAACAGUCUCUCAUCUUGUGCUCUCUGCACCAAAGCUUUGUCCAACUUGGAUUCCCAUCUCACGGACAAUACCACUGACUGCAAGACUAUUGCUUCUAUCUAUGCUGCUUCCUUCUCCGACCUGCAAGACCCCAGAACUGCUGAUUGUCUGUUCAACUCUGAUUUUCCUUCUUCGGUUUCAACUGGUAAGCGUCGAAACAUUCUUAUUGCGGCUUUUUGUACGCUGGCCUUCUUCUUGUUGGUCUUUGGUGUUUUUUGGGCUUACUUUAGAUUGAAGCAGAAGAAUAAGGCUAUUUGUAAAACUGAGAUGGGUUUGAGUUCUGGGUUGGAUUCUGUGAACCAGACUACUACUUUGAUUAGGUUCACUUUUGAUGAGAUUAAAAAGGCUACUAGGAAUUUCGCCGGUGAUAACAUAAUUGGGAAGGGGGCUUAUGGGAAUGUUUAUAGAGGGAUGCUGGUUGAUGGGACUCAGGUUGCAUUGAAAAGGUUUAAGAAUUGUUCUGUUGCUGGGGAUCCUAGCUUCACUCAUGAAGUUGAGGUUAUUGCGAGCGUUAGGCAUGUGAACCUUGUUGGCUUAAGAGGAUAUUGUACUGCUACAACUAACUUAGAGGGUCACCAGAGGAUUAUUGUCACUGAUUUGAUGGAGAAUGGGAGCGUUUAUGAUCAUUUAUUUGGUUCUGCUAAGCAGAAACUCAGUUGGCCAAUUCGUCUAAAGAUUGCUCUAGGCACUGCUAGGGGGUUGGCUUAUUUGCACUAUGGGGCUCAACCUUCCAUCAUCCAUAGGGAUAUUAAAGCUAGUAACAUACUUCUGGACCACAAAUUUGAAGCCAAGGUAGCAGAUUUUGGGUUAGCGAAGUUCAAACCUGAGGGAAUAACCCAUAUGAGCACUAGAGUGGCUGGAACCAUGGGGUAUGUCGCACCUGAGUAUGCUUUGUAUGGACAGUUGACUGAGAGAAGUGAUGUGUUCAGUUUUGGGGUUGUGCUUCUCGAGCUUUUGAGUGGGAAAAGGGCUCUUGAAAUUGACACUGAUGGGCAACCCUCUGCAGUAACUGACUUUGCUUGGUCAAUGGUUAGGAAUGGUAGAGCUUUGGAUGUUAUUGAAGAUGGUAUGCCAGAACUUGGUCCAAUAGAAAUUCUUGAGAAGUAUGUAUUGGUUGCUAUACUAUGUUGUCAUCCUCAACUACAUGCUAGGCCAACAAUGGACCAGGUUGUUAAAAUGCUAGAGACGGAGGAAUCAGUGUCCUCAUUAUCUUGUGUUGCUGGGAAGAUUGAUACUGAGAAAUCUGUGUAGUAAAUGGGGGUGGCAGAGCUGAUUCAACAACCAGUUAGCAACACAUGGUAAAGUUUCCAUACCUGCUAUUUUAAGCAAGGAAGCAGGGGAUAGAGAAUGGAGAUAUGGGAAUGUUUUCCAUUGUACAUUACAAUUUUAGAUUUUAAUGAUACCACGUUUCAUUUGACAAGAUCAAUCUGCCUCCUAUAUCGCCAAUCACAACCUCAUCUUGUUAAUCUGAGUUGAUUGACUAACAGCAGUGACAAGUUUGGUCAAUCUUGGGUGCCUAACUCAGAUUAAAUGGUGUGAUAUCAUUUUGUGGAAUGAUGGGAAAAAGGUGAAAUAAAAGCGUGUGGAAUAAUAGAGGGGACUGUGUUCUAUUAUUCAGUCUGUUGUUUAGUAACAUUUUUCUUCCUCUGAAUUUGGAGGCAAGGGGGGAUGGAUCAGAAAAAUUGAGUUCUUAGAAAGUUUUUGGACUUAAUCUUUUGGGAUCUAAAGUUGUCGGGUAUUUACUUCUGAACAAGUUUUAAAUCUAUCUUAAUUCAAUUAUUGCCUGUCA